ACCCGCUGGUUUCGUGGGAUAUCGGUGAAGAGGCAAUACCCCGAGCAGAAGCAGUUGGAUACAAUUUCAGGCAGUGUAGAGGGGUAACAACAACAAAUCACCCCCCAAUCAUAGUGGGCUGAUUGCGCUCAUAGUAGGCUGCGCAGGUCUGGCACGGGGCGGGUUAUGUGUCACUCACUUCACGCCUCCCUGAAUAGAUCGAAUCGAAGGGCUGAGGACGCGCGUGUUCAAGCAGAAGGAGAAACCAGCAUCACAACACCGUUAUAUUCAUAGCUCCGAACCAACCACAGACCGAAUGUGGAAGGGAAGAACUUGAUACCAAGAACCGUAAAUGAACCAUGGAUUAUAAUUUCAAUUUUAAUCCGAAAUAGAGUGUACUGAAUCGCCGGCCAAUACACCGUUUUGGGUGAAAGGUGUAUGGACGUGGUGCCAAAGAGGAAUUGACGGGCAAACCCGCGGUCAACACACCAAUUUAUUGGAGGGGAGCAGAUAGGACUGCCUACAGAGCAGAAGCGGACUGGAGAGAGUGAGAGAGAUAGAGAGAGAGAGAGGGAGGACGGAGUGCAGUGAAGUGAGUAGAUAGUGGUUUCUCCCGUUGCUCCACGUAGAGCUGUCAUGUUCGCUGGCUGUUCAAAGAGGGAUUAAAAUGACGCAUGUUAUGCAGAGCUCCAAACUGUCAUACAAGUUGAUGCAGUCAGUCGGGAGAUGUGCAGCAGGGAGAGCUGAGUCUCGACCCGGUCAGUGAACAGUGUAAAGGUGCGCAACAGUGACAGGGAAUCCGUCUGUAUUUAACGCACGAUAUUUUGUGAACAGCGGGGAUAUUAAAGUUGCAUUCAUGUCUUUUAUUUAUUUAGAUUAUUCCUAAUUUAUUCAUCACAAAAGGGGGUUCGUUGGGGAAACGCACCGUUGAACAAAGGAUUUAGGAGAAACGACAACUGUAACCCAAUUCUGCCAUUCCGAGUGCGUCUCCCUGCUGGCGUGUCAAAUCGGGACCGUUACCAGAAGAGAACGAGUACGGUUGAAUACAGGGUGUUCUCUGUCUGGUUCCUAACCCGGGAGAGGGUUGAAUACAGAGUUUUCUCUCUCUGGUUCCUAACCCAGGAGAGGGUUGAAUAAUUCGGUCGGGGCCGCAGAGCUGAUCCACAGCCGUGGGAAUGUGGGUGGAGAGUGUAAACGCAAACGAAGCAGGAGGGCUUCAACCCUAAAACGUGACUUUUUCCAAUACACCCCGCUAUACAAGUGACACGUGCAUUCUGCAAUCGUUUCCAUCGGAUUUGUUUACGUCGCUCAAGAGAUGGCGUUCUUCCCUGUCCUCCUCCUCCUCCUCUCCGUGGUCCAGCGUGGUUCCUCCCAGGACCCUGAUGAGGACUCGUUGGCAGUGCCCCGGGGGUGUGGCUGGGGCCUGGUGCGCCCCUACACCCUCCUCUGUGACCUGGACUCUGUUUGGGGCGUGGCGGUCGAAUCUGCAGCGGCCGGCGGCGCCCUGGCUGCCAUUUUACUGGGUCUGAUCAUCCUCUGCCGACUACACCACGUGAGCGAGGCGGAGAAGCGCAGCGGCGUGGGACCCAUUCUCCUCCUGCUCCUGGGCAUCCUGGGCCUGUUCGGCCUCAGUUUCGCCUACCUCAUCGAGCGUGACGAACAGCUGUGUCUUCUGCGCCGUGCCCUCUGGGGCCUGCUCUUCGCUCUGUGCUUCUCCUGCCUGCUGGUGCAGGGUGUGCGUCUCCGGAGGCUGGGCCGCGAGCGCCGGAGCCCGGGGGGCUGCGCUCUGACCGGCCUGGCCCUGGGGCUGAGCGCCGUCCAGGGGAUCAUCGCCGCCGAGUGGAUCCUGCUCACGGUGCUCAGGGAGGGCAGAGCGGCCUGCCAGUACCUGCCUCUGGACUUCUCCUUAGCCUGUAGCUAUGUGCUUGCGCUACUGCUAGCCGCGCUGGGGGCGGCAUCCUUCGCUCUCUGUGGGAAGACCCGGCAGUGGCGCUGUAACGCGAUCUGGCUCCUCUCCGCCUGUCUGUUGUCCCUCCUCCUCUGGGUUGCCUGGGUGGGCUUCUAUCUCUACGGUAACGCCUGGCUGGAGCGGUCCCCGGACUGGGACGAUCCAGCAUUAGCGAUAGCACUGGUGGCACAGGGUUGGCUCCUCCUCCUGUUCCACGCCGUGCCCGAGGCACACUCCUGUCUCCGCUCCCCGCCACAACCCUCCGCCCCCGACUAUUUUGACACGUCCCAGGCCCCGUCCCGCAUGAGGGAGACCAGCUUUGACGAGGACAUCCCCCUCUCACACCGGCAGUUUCCGGAGAACCAGGGCUACGGCUUUGACGAAAACACUGCAGGUCUGAGGAGUGCAGGUAAUCAUAAUGGUAACACAGCGCCCAGACCCAGUGCCCCUUUCCGCAGCAACGUGUACCAGCCCACUGAGAUGACCAUGAUCCUGAAUGGGGGAGCGGUGAGUUCUCAUAUUGUCCCCUCCGCACCCCCGACCUAUACGGGGCGGCAGCUGUGGUGAAGGACAGAAAUGAAGAAGAAGAGGAAGGAAGAAUGGGGUGAUGAAGAAGGGAUGAAGGGUCCUUUGACAGAGGGAUAACCCAGAGAGGAUAACUAUAACAUGGACACCAUCAGGACCCCCCCCCUCCACCAGUUAAACAGAUGACUUACUGAGGGCUUACACACACCACCCACUCUGUGUUAAUCAAUUACACCAACCAACCACUGAAUGAGUGUGGCUGAGGGGGAGAGCAGGAGAGGACAGAUCAAAACAUUACAGGUAGUUUUGAAGUUAAAUCACUGUAGGAGAUAUUCAACUUAAAAAUAACCCUAUUUUGGUUGCAAAUGCUGUGGAGACCAUUUUCAUCUGGGAGAUGUGAGAUUUGAAAUGUUGACAGUUAGGUUUAUUUUGUAUGAGUCAAGUUAACUCCCAUGAGACUGCUAAGCCACUGUAUAACUUCUGAAAAACUGUGAAACCUCUGUCCCUUUUCAGAUAUUUGCUCUGUUUUUGUUGUUUAUUUUGGGAGAAACUCUUCUAAAGCAGAAUGUUUUACUCUGUCCUCCAUCCUCCCGUGGGUAUGGUACAGACACCUUACAGCCCUGUACCUCACCACAGCCCAUCACACACGGACAAGUAUGGCUUAAACUCCAACCUCUUUAGCCAGUGUGUGCCAGGUAACUGCCAAAAUAAAGGAAACACCAACAUAAAGUGUCUUAUUAGGGCGUUGGGCCACCAUGAGCCAGAACAGCUUCAAUGCACCUUGACAUAGAUUCUACAAGUGUCUGGAACUCUGUUGGAGGGAUGCGACACCAUUCUUCCAUGAGAAAUUCCUACAUUUGUUGUUUUGUUGAUGGUGGUGGAAAACGCUGUCUCAGGUACCGCUCCAGAAUCUCCCAUAAAUGUUCAAUUGGGUUGAGAUCUGGUGACUGAGACAGACAUGGCAUAUGGUUUACAUCGUUUUCAUGCUCAUCAAACCAUUCAGUGACCACUCGUGCCCUAUGGAUGGGAGAAUUGUCAUCCUAAGGGGGCAUAGUUAUGGUAGCCAAAAUAAUGGCCUGCUCAGCAUUUUUAUACAUAACUCUAAGAAUGAUGGGAUGUUAAUUGCUUAAUUAACUCAGGAACCACACCUGUGUAGAAGCAACUGCUUUCAAUAUCUAAUUUGAGGGAUGGGCAUUUUAAAUAAUUUCACUAUUCGAAUAAUAUCAUGAUUUUUGUGGGGGAUAUCUGGAUAGUCGAGUUGUUUAAACUUGGGGAUUAGAUUGCUGUGCAGCCUGUGCUACUUGCAUCCCGCUUGCUUGCAGCAGUGUGAUUGGCAGGUGCCAGUGAGUUUUACGAGAGAGAGAGAGAGAGCGAGAGAGAGAGAGAGAGAGUAGCCAUACAGGCUAGUUAAACAAAUUUGUAGAUUCCAUAGGUUAUCCAUCAUCCCAUCUGGUAGUGCCUGUCUUGUAUGCAUCAAAUCAACCUAAAGAAGCUAGCUAUGUUAGCCAGCUAUAUUAGUCAGCUAGCUAGCUAGCUACCUAGGCAAAAAGUACUUAAGGCUAUUUUGCUGUGCUUCCCGUCCUUGUCCACAACAACUCCAUUCAGAUUAAACAACAGCUUACCUGAUGGUUGCUCGUAGUUGUAGCCUACUCCUUCUCAUUUAACUAACUUAAUUCUGUCAUUUUAAUUCCAUUUUGCAUUGAUUAGAGAUCUCCCACGUUGCUUACUACACAUGGAGCCACUGACUGUAGACGGUGCCACUUUGAUUGGCCCACAAUAACAGGCUACUAUGGUAUGUACUUUAUGUCAAUAAAACUACAUUCAAAAGAUAUUUUUAUUGAAUUAAGUAUUUCAAAUGUCAUGGCAUAUCCUUGUGUGUAGCAAUGUCAGAUAGACAAUUACAUUUAGACAAAGCCUUUUCAUUGUUAAAAUAGACUAAAAAUUAAUACUCUCACAAGUAUUCAAAUACUAACGUCCAUUCGGAUAUUUGAAUAUCCGAAUAACCGUGCCCAUCCCUACCUCAUUUAUUCAAGUGUUUCCAUUAUUUUGUCAGUUACCUGUGUAUAUGUGUGUGUGUGUACCUCAUCUAUAUUGGCUCUACUCCAAGACUCUGGACCCCAAAAAACAAAAUACUCCUUGUCUAAACACUGUGUUCUGCUUCACCCCCCUCCCCCCCUCUCUGAGUAACCUGGACUGACUUUUACUGAAUAACCUGGAAUCACUACUACUAAGUAACCUGGACUCACUUUUACUGAGUAACCUGGACUCACCUUUACUGAAAAACCUGGACUCACCUCUACUGAGUAACCUGGACUCACCUCUACUGAGUAACAUGGACUCACUUCUACUGAGUAACAUGGACUCACCUCUACUGAGUAACCUGGACUCACCUCUACUGAGUAACAUGGACUCACCUCUACUGAGUAACCUGGACUCACCUCUACUGAGUAACCUGGACUCACCUCUACUGAGUAACAUGUGCAUCACCUCUACUGAGUAACAUGGACUCACCUCUACUGAGUAACAUGGACUCACUUCCACUGAGUAACCUGGACUCACUUCUACUGAGUAACCUGGACUCACCUCUACUGAGUAACCUGGACUCACCUCUACUGAGUAACCUGGACUCACCUCUACUGAGUAACAUGUGCAUCACCUCUACUGAGUAACAUGGACUCACCUCUACUGAGUAACCUGGACUCACCUCUACUGAGUAACCUGGACUCACCUCUACUGAGUAACAUGGACUCACCUCUACUGAGUAACCUGGACUCACCUCUACUGAGUAACGUGGACUCACCUCUACUGAGUAACGUGGACUCACCUCUACUGAGUAACAUGCACUCACCUCUACUGAGUAACCUGGACUCACCUCUACUGAGUAACCUGGACUCACCUCUACUGAGUAACAUGGACUCACUUCUACUGAGUAACCUGGACUCACCUCUACUGAGUAACCUGGACUCACCUCUACUGAGUAACAUGGACUCACUUCUACUGAGUAACAUGGACUCACCUCUACUGAGUAACCUGGACUCACCUCUACUGAGUAACAUGGACUCACCUCUACUGAGUAACCUGGACUCACCUCUACUGAGUAACCUGGACUCACCUCUACUGAGUAACAUGUGCAUCACCUCUACUGAGUAACAUGGACUCACCUCUACUGAGUAACAUGGACUCACUUCUACUGAGUAACCUGGACUCACUUCUACUGAGUAACCUGGACUCACCUCUACUGAGUAACCUGGACUCACCUCUACUGAGUAACCUGGACUCACCUCUACUGAGUAACAUGUGCAUCACCUCUACUGAGUAACAUGGACUCACCUCUACUGAGUAACCUGGACUCACCUCUACUGAGUAACCUGGACUCACCUCUACUGAGUAACAUGGACUCACCUCUACUGAGUAACCUGGACUCACUUCUACUGAGUAACCUGGACUCACUUCUACUGAGUAACCUGGACUCACCUCUACUGAGUAACCUGGACUCACCUCUACUGAGUAACCUGGACUCACCUCUACUGAGUAACCUGGACUCACCUCUACUGAGUAACAUGGACUCACCUCUACUGAGUAACAUGGACUCACCUCUACUGAGUAACAUGGACUCACCUCUACUGAGUAACAUGGACUCACCUGUACUGAGUAACGUGGACUCACCUCUACUGAGUAACAAGGACUCACCUCUACUGAGUAACACAUACUCACCUCUACUGAGUAACAUGGACUCACCUCUACUGAGUAACCUGGACUCACCUCUACUGAGUAACAUGGACUCACCUCUACUGAGUAACAUGGACUCACCUCUACUGAGUAACAUGGACUCACCUCUACUGAGUAACAUGGACUCACCUCUACUGAAUGACAUGGACUCACCUCUACUGAGUGACAUGGACUCACCUCUACUGAGUAACAUGGACUCACCUCUACUGAGUAACAUGGACUCACCUCUACUGAGUAACCUGGACUCACCUCUACUGAAUGACAUGGACUCACCUCUACUGAGUAACAUGGACUCACCUCUACUGAGUAACAUGGACUCACCUCUACUGAGUAACAUGGACUCACCUCUACUGAGUAACAUGGACUCACCUCUACUGAAUGACAUGGACUCACCUCUACUGAGUAACAUGGACUCACCUCUACUGAGUAACAUGGACUCACCUCUACUGAGUAACAUGGACUCACCUCUACUGAGUAACAUGGACUCACCUCUACUGAGUAACAUGGACUCACCUCUACUGAGUGACAUGGACUCACCUCUACUGAGUAACAUGGACUCACUUCUACUCAUCUUGUCUUUCCACUUGUCUAACCCCAAACUGUGAACCCACCCAGGCUGCGGUCCAACUAACCAUAACGACAAUAUGACCGCAAACUACUCUACACCUAUCCAGCUCACCUAGCACCUGGCGGACAGAGCUAAGCUCUACUGGACGAACAGUAGGAACCGGGGGAAUCCGGGGAUCCUGAUUGGAUGGACAGGAUGUCAGUCAGUGAGGAGGGGCUCUUGAUUGGACAGAAAGGGUGUCAGACAGGGACUGUGCAUGUAGGUCAGACAGGCUGUGUUUUCCCACCACGUUCUCCUGUGACCACAGAGACUUUCUGAACCAGCAGGACUGAACCAACUGUCCCUUUAUAUCAGAGAGAAAUGGGUCGGCGGGGAGAUGGACUUCCCUUUUACUGUUUUGUUUUUUUCAAAAGUGUGUGUGUGUGCAUAGAGAUAAAAACAUGUUCUAUCUGUUUGUGUGUGUGUGUGUGUGUGUGUGUGCACACGCUUGUGCGUGUGUGUGUGUUAUUGAUUUUAUCAGUGUUGGGAGGAUAUACAACAACUGUGCAAUACACAGCUCCAGUCCUGUUCCAGUCCUGGCUGUGCCUCUCCCAUUUCCUCCAGACUGGUUUCCAGUGAGCCUGAGAAAUGGAUCCAGAGUUCCAGACGUCUUGGUCAGCUCCAGAUACAUAACCCCAUACUGUCAGCCUAUAUAUAGACAAGCCCUGACUGCAGUCUGGAACUGCCUGACCUGGCCCCUGUGAAUGAUCAGAUAUAGUAUACUGUGAGAUCAGCUAUAAGCCUGUGGGGAGGACUGGAGAAGAAAAGGGGGAUGGGUAGCUAGAGAGAGGAAGGGAGGAGCCAGUCCUGAGGGGUUACAAUAGUCUAUGUGACAGCUACAUCGCUUUGACUUCCCCCCAAUCAGCCAACGUAUCUGUGUGACAAAAUGGCUCUUUCCCCAGUGUGUGUGUGUGUGUGUCUGUGGGGAAGGCAGCACUGCUCUGUGCUGCCCUCCUUAUCUGAGAAGCCUCUCUCCCUCCUCUCCUCUCAUCCGUCUGUGCUGGUAACUACUGUUUUCUGUGCCAAGAAAGACUUGUGUUACAGCAAGGUCUCUGUUUUCAGUCCUCCUCUCUCUUACAUACUUACCAGCUCUCCCCUUACGAGAGAGAGACACGCUGUGUACUGUAUAUAGUAGUGCUGUAUAGCUUGUUUUGGUUAGAUUUCUUUUUGACUGUAGAGGAUGAUUUUUUCUAGACACCAGCCUAAUAUAUUAUUAUAUAAACCACUGGACAUCUGACUAGUGUAAUAAUGUUUUGAUUUUCAUUUUAUCGGAUUUGUGACUGGAUUGAUUUCAUUGUUAUUAUUUCAUUUUUUAUUUUGCUCUUGCUGGUGUCUUUCUUUGUUCUUUUUAACUAGUAUUUUAAAACAUACUUCAAGACGCUAGCCAUGUUUUUAAUUUCAUUUGAUUCGAUUAUUAACGUUGAAAAACACAACGGUCUGUCUGUGAGGGAUCUAGCUAACUUUGGGUGUGGUUUUUCCUACUUGCGACAACCUUGGAAAUCUCCUAUACAGUAUCCUCUGUCAAAACAUGUUUCACUGUCUGCUGUAACAGUUUUAUUAUAUGGGGAAACGUAAUACAUUUUUCAGAGAUAUGACAUUCAUUGCAUAAUGCUUAUCAAAAAAUACUUGUUGUUUUGCACUUCAUAGAUAAUGACUACUGUGUCUGUGAUAUCAUAGAGUGAUGCAGAGAGUAGAGCAGUGAUGGUAGAAUGACCUCUGAUCUAUGACCUAUGACCCCUGCCAAUGGCCAGAGAUGGAAUGACCCCAAGGGUAUUUUGGUGUAAUCCUGGGUCAUUGGGUUACAGGAUGUCUCUUCACUGGGGGUAGGUAGCAGUGGAGGCUGGUGGGAGGAGCUGUAGGAGGACAGGCUCAUUGUAAUGUCUGGAAUGGAAUCCACGGAAUGGAGUCAAACGUGGUUUCCAUAUGUUUGAUGUGUUUGAUACCAUUCCAUGUAUUGCAUUCCAGCCAUUACAAUGAGCCUGUCCUCCUAUAGCUCCUCCCACCAGCCUCCACUGGCACUACAUGUAGGCCUAACCAUAGAAAUAUAAUGACUAGAUUGGUUAUUCUGUAUAUGGCCCUAACCCACAGCGCUGCAUGCCAAGGCAGGCUUUGUUCGGGCCUCUCCGGGCCAGACCCAGACCCGUUCUGACUGCACUGUGCCAGGCUCCAGUGGGACAGGCUACCGGCCUCAGAGUGCUGGCAUAGGAUCAGUUCUGCCUUUUAGAUAAUACUGAAUAAGGUUAUAUGGACAGGAGAGACAUGAUCCUAGAUCAGCACUCCUACCCUAAGACGCUUUGUGAAUACGGGUCCUGUCCUCAGGCUGUGGGUGGACAACAAGCAAGGAACAACUGUGGAGAUUCACCCUCCCAGAACCGAAGAGGGGCGGGUUUCAAUUCUUCAAUCUUGUGAUGUUUUCACUCAAUGUGGAGUACAAAAAAAAAGUCAAAAGCUGUUACUUAGUAGAUUUUUGCACUCGUCGAUAACUACCUAUCUGUGCAUGCUCAUCACCAUUUAUAUACAUGUAAGUACCUUUCUCUCAGACGUACUGUUAAAUACUAAUUAUAUUUAUGUGAAGGUCAUGUGACAAAAAUCAUAUUUUUUUGCAUAUAUCAGAUGACAGUUUUAUGUCUGUGCUUUCUUGAACACGAGAGAGAGAUAAAGACGGUUGUAAAAGAGAGACGGUAGAGAACUGUAGGGGAUGUCAGGGGAUAGGGUCCAACACAGGCCAAAGGGCCCACAAAUAACCUGUUGGAGUUGCUUGUGACAUCAUCAGAUUACCCAAAUACUGUACCCCCUGCCAGUUUGUAAGGAAAUCUAUAUGAAAUGACUAAAGAUCUAGAUCUUCAUGUCUGUGUUUAUAAAGAUGCUAUGAACAAAUUCGGGUGAGAUUUUACACAUACUACUGUUCCGUCAAGUUCGUUUUCCCCCCCUGGGCAGCCCCAUUUGUAAACACCCCUCCUGUCUGGGUUUGACAUGUCCUUGACUUGUCUACUCCUGAAUUGGCUUGCCUUCACACUGUUCCAUUUGUAAACACCCCUCCUGUCUGGGUUUGACAUGUCCUUGACUUGUCCACUCCUGAAUUGGCUUGCCUUCACACUGUUCCAUUCGGGGCAUCUGACGGGGGUGGUAUUGGUUUCCACAGCUGUGACUGUGCAGUGACGCAGCAUGCCUAUGUAUAGAACUAUGUUUCCCUUGAUUAGAAGAACAAACAGUUAACUCUCAGUUUCUGUAACCGAUUCAGGCAAACGUUCAAUAAAGUGUCAUGUUUGUAGUUAA